UGACUUUGAAGACCAGUAUAGAUUAAUCACGGUGCUUGUCCUCGCACCUGUCUACUGAGGGUCUUCACAGUCUCAGUCUUAAACCACACUCUAUCCCAUUUGCUUCAGUAAUAACAUCACUUCUUCGCCCCUUCCAGCCAUGGCGACCUCACCUCCCGCGCCCUUUCCGGCAAGCCUUCCUUCAUCCAAAAAGCGAACAUCAAUGAGUUCAACAGCAUCUACGCAAGGACCCAACAAGCGACCAAAACUCCAUCCUCUCAGACAGACUUCAUUCCCCGCCCAAUAUGGCGCCGGCUCAGCAAUACACAGCGCCCGAUCAGAGACUGCGAGCGUCGCCAACAGCCAGCUCUCCGGUGCCAGCGGGAAAGUCCCAGGCCGAGGACGAGGACGACCCAGGAAAUCCGCACAACUCAACGCCGAGGAUAUACGCUCUUCACAACAAUCGGCAACAGAUAACGCCAGCCAAGCCGACGGUGCAGGACGAAAUGCAGGUCGUGGCACUAAAUCAGUAGUCAGCGGUCGAUCGGGCGCCGCCGAGGCCGAGGAAGAGGAAGAUGAAGUCGAGAUCGAUGGAAUGCUGGAGAACGAAAACAUGGACGAGCAGGAACGCCGACAGGCCGAAGAGGAAGAGAUACGCCAAGAACAACGGCGAGAACGGCUUGCAGAGACGCUCGACCCGGACCAGUAUUCUCGAUAUAAUCAAUGGCGAGCGCUGUCACUCAAUAACACUACGGUGAAGCGACUGGUCAACUCUAUCGUGUCGCAAUCAGUCACUUCGGCCCCUCUACAAGCGAUUCGGAUCUACGGCAAAUGGUUCGUUGGCGAAAUCGUGGAGCGAGCGAGAGAAGUGCAGGAAGAGUCGGCCAUAGCGUAUGAAGCGACCAGACAGGAAGAAAAGGAGCGGAGGCAGAAACAAUUGGAAGUGCUGGAAGAGAAGCAGAAGCAGACUAACGACACGGAUCAACAGUCUCGGUUGAUUGUCAGGGAUAUUGAGCGAUUGAAGAGGGUGACGAAGGAGUAUAUUCCUAACCCGCAUCGGGGUGGACUGUUGCCUGAUCACCUGCGAGAAGCUUUGAGAAGAUACAAGGCAGACGGUGAAGGUGGGGGAGUCGGGUUCCAGGGCCAAAGUCACGGUCUUUUGGGCGUGCCUGGACCGACAGCAUGGCGAUUGGGCGAUGGUGCUUCUGGAAGACGACUUUUCAGAUGAGAGCUUGCAAGUCGUGAUAUUAUCAAGAAAGGCCCGACACAGGCAGACAGAGGUAUCUUUACAUCCACACAACGCCAAUGCUGAAUAUGCGCAUACAACUCCAACAAGAUUCCACGAAAUGAACAGCGCAAUGAAGGAACAAAAUGACAUCAACCCCG